ACACCAUCAGGUGUACUUGGUAUCACAAUUAACUAAAUGUGUACACACAAUUUCAUGGGCGGACCCAGGAGGGUUUAGGGGUGUCCCGGGACACCCCUAAAUUUUGGAAAUAUGAUUAAUCAACCUCUGGUGGCAAUACGUAUGGACAAAAAAUUAUAAUUAAUAGUCCGGGACACCCUGGAAUUUUAAAAAAAGACUAUCCUACUCUCGUUUGUAGUUUGCGUAUGAGAAUAUAAGUGGUGGUUUGGAUAAUUCAAACCGGGGACACUACUAUUAUUAAUAAAUAUAAUUUCCAUUAGGCUACAAAUUUUUUGUUGUUCUAUUCUAAACACUUUGUAAUAGCAAAAUCCUUAUUUUCAAAACCUAACAAUUAAUCUAAUUAUAAGCUACUCUUAAUUUGUAUUGAUUUUAUGGUUGUACGACAAGUGCUGAAAGUGUCUUUUCAGUUUGAGUUACUUCAAGAACAAAUUUAGAGGUCUAAUAUGCGUCAGUUCGUGAAUGAGCAGUGUAGACACCAAGAGUAUUUUACAAUUUUUUCAGAAUAUGAAAAUACAUCAUAAUUUUUUUUAACUUGUACGAGUUGGGUUUUUUCUUAUUUAAUUUUAAUUUUACUUUAUUUUUUGAAAGAGGACACCCCUAUGUAAAAUUUCUGGGUCCGCCACUGCCCAAUUUCACGUCUCAAAUUAGCAAGCACUCUAACCAAUCUAGCUAUAUCAAGUUUUGAUGAAAAGUUUAUUAGCAGUCACUCACAAACAACAAUAAUGUAACUUCCAAUAAAUAUAUAAGUUCACAAAGAAACAUCUAAGCAAUCACCAUAAACAGAUUCAUCAAAUCUAGCCUCAAAUUAAGAUCAAACGUGUAAGGAAUAAAACACCAAACAUAUAAAAUAUGGUACUUGAAAUAAAUGAACCACUUACACUAGUAAUAGCUAAUAUACUUAUCUUACUUGUAAUUAAUUUAAAAGAUAAUUAUUCUCAUAUGGUUCAUGAUUCUUGGGACAUAAUUCAAAUAUUAUCAUUCCGUGAUGGGGAAGAGAAUAAAAUGAUAUACAUGUUAGGCCUCUAAAAAUAACUGUGAGAUAACCUCUAGAUUGGCCUACAACCACUACAAAUUUAGGCAAAAUACACUUUCAUAGCCAUAACUUUCGCGUUUGUGACAAUAAUAGCCACUUUUGGAGAAAUACCAAAUAUAGCCACUUCCGUCCAAUACUUUAACGGUGUCAUCUAACAGUCUGACUGGACUAACAACAACCAUUGACGUGGCAUAUUUUAUUCAAUUUUAAUGCUUAGGUGGAAAUCAUUAAAUUUUAUCCUUUAAUUUUUAAGUAAAUUAAAUAAAAAAAAUAAAAAAUACAAACAAUAAUCUCAGAAUGAAUACCAAAACCCCUUUCCACGUGGAUGAGAAAAAAAUAAAAAAUGAUCAUACAUUAACUAAUGAAUUUUUUCAGGAUCAAUAUGUGCGUCCCCUUCUCUCUCUUCCAAUAUCAUCUCCCUCACCCGUGCCCCCAAAUCUCAAUCCCUACCGCAAAACACUCUUGCCGACACUACAGCCCACAAACACUCAAACGCGCCGGAGCUCCGAGCAAUCUAAAACUCUCUUGCCCACGACGGAGUUCCCGACCAGCAGAUGGAUCUAAACAUCUACUAUGAUGCUAAGCUUACCAGACUGAAUGGGGAAUCUCACUGCAGCUUGGUUGUGUUCAUAGGAGACGAGAGCAGGGGAAGAGUAGGGGCCCGUGAUCGGCUUGAGGAAGAGUUUCAACAUCGCUACUGCCGACCGUGGAAUUGGCGACUAGGGCGAAAAAGCAAGAAGCUAGCAUUUGUGGCGGUGUUGGCUUCUACUUCUUCUUCUCUACUCCACUACGACGGCUUCGUUCAAUCCGCCAUCAGCCGGGCCUUCAAUACAUGAAUCAAAACCCCGAACCAGGGUUCCCAGCGGCGCUUCGUUCGAGCUUUGAGGAAGGACUGGAUUCCAGCCGUUUCGAGAUCGGGAACGAAACAAUCAGGUGCAGAUCUAGUAUCCGCAGAAGCCACACAUCAAAGUCGCCUCACAAAAAAUGAAAGCGGGCCAAGACUACUUUCUCCUCGCAAUUUCGGCUAAUCGUGGCAGUGAAGCAUAGAGGCAGAGUAAGGGUAGCAGGUGUGGCGGCGACACUGCUUUUUCGGUAGAUUUGGAAAAGUGGAGAAGAGGUAUGCAGUUCGUAGUGGACGGAAGCAGCGACGGUGGUGGAUUGCGGUCGGUGAACUCCACCUCUCUGUUUCUAGUUGUUGGCAUCUGUUAUUAGAGAGCAGCAGACCGACAACAUACUAGCAGAUCUGAACAGAUCUGUUAUGGGUCGGGAAAUCCCAAAUCCCUCGCCGGCCCGAGUCUUCCUGAUCUCUGCUUCUAUUCCCCCCUCGUUUGUUAGAGACAUGGGAUCAACCUAAUAUGCAUGUUUCUCCUUCAAUCGAUCUCUAUUCUAAGCACCAUAUAGUUCAAGAGUUGGUGAAAGUGCACGAAGAUGAAGACAAGAAUCAAGAUGAUGAUGAUGCGAGUUGAAGCUGGCGAUGAUUGUGUAGCAGGAAGUUCUUCGAUUAUGAAGGGGAUGAGAGGAAAAAUCGAUUUUCGUUUUGAUUUUGGAAGCUUCAAAACCAGCGAGAUUUGUAAAAGGGAUUGCCAGAUUUUUUUAAUUCAAUUUUGUGAUUAAAUAAAAAUAAAAAAAUUUCAUUUCAAUUUUUAAUUAAAAUAACACGUGGCGUCUAGGUGUCAUCAACGGAUGAGUUGUCGCUGACGUGUGUGAUGAUUUGGAAUCCUAGUCAGCCUAAUGUUAACCUAACUCACGAAGUUUCUAACUCCGUCAAAGUUUGUAAUGGAAAUGACUAUAUUUGUCAUGAAACUUUCAAAAUUCUGGCUAUAAGUGGUAUUUCUCUAAAAUUGGCUAUUAUUGUCACAAACGCAAAAAUUUUGGCUAUACAAGUGUAUUUUGCCACAAAUUUAUUAACACAUCAAAACUUGGUGAAAAUGAACCGUACAUCAAAUCCCGCGGGCCGAUGAUAGAUUAAUUUGGGCCUGCUGCUCAUGAAAGCCCGCGGGCUUAUUAAAACAAUCAUAUGGGCUUCGACCACUUUGAUCAUUUCGCCUUACGAUUUUCCAGCCCAAUACUUCAAUCUGAACAGAAGAAUUUUGAAAAGGGAAAAAAGAAAUUAUUUCAGGGGAAAGAUCUGUUCCGCGUUUGUUUGUUUGUUUGUUUAUUUUUACACGGUCAGAUUCUUCAGUAUCGACGAUUUCCAUGCUUUUUCCUUUCUUUGGUCUCCAGGUAACGAAACAGCUAAGCGAAGCAAACCCCCUGGCAGUUAAGGCCGUGUUUGGACGACGAGAAUGGAAUAUGUCAAUGAUGGAAUUGAUUAUUGAAGCAGGCCACGGUUAAGGUGUAUAGCUGUGUGCUGUGAGGAGAUGCAAUCGAGUAGUGCUCUUGGCUUUUGCCAUAUGGAUAUGAUUAUGGUGAUAUUGAUGAUUGAAUUUGUAUGCACACAAUAUAUCGAUAUACUACAAUAAGUGUAAUUGUGUAGUCUUCUAGCUUUUUAAUUCAGACGUGGUCAUAUUUGCGAGAUUUACAAUUUUAUCUCAUUACCCGAUCCCAAUAUUUAGUUUCAUUGGUAUUAUUAUUCCUAGCGUGUUCCCUGCAUGAUUUUGACAUUUAACCUGAAAUCCUUCUUUUUUAUUAGUGCAGGUGUCUAUACGAAUUUAGUAAUUAGUGUUAGCCCUUUCUCUUGAUUAGUUUCGAUGUCCUCGUCGCUAGCCUCCAGACCUCCAACCUCGAGCCAACACUCUCGCAUCAUCCAAUUUUCCGACCGCCUCGGCCUCGGCUCAUAUCCUCCUCCUCCUCCUUCGUUCUCGGCCUAUGUGCGAGCUUUCUAGCUCGCCUUCUGUGUUUUGGCGAUCGGCCUUCUCCCUUCUUGUUAUGAUCACCAAACACGCAAAACAACGAUGACAAACACAAGACUUAACACUCUUGGAGUUCUUGCCACUAACCAGUGAGCAAAUGUGAUCUCGUCAAUCCUCCUAACCCUUGGUCUUUCUGUGAGACAUCCCUCCUACAUUGAUGUGCAACAUCAAUGACUUACUUAGGGUUAAUUGACCUUAUUUGUUUGUUCUCCCUUUCUGACAUACUAUUGAUUUACUUAAUCUUCAAACACUUUGGUUAGUCUUGUCAUAGAUUAUGCUUGAAUUAUACUAUUAACAACACGAGUUACUAAAUUAUACUCCACAAACUUGUAAUCUAUAAAACUUUCAAGUACACUUGUCGACAUUUUACCUGCUCUACUAGCUUAAGUAAUUCGACCAACCUAAUAAUAAAGCUUAUAUCAUUCACAUCAACAAACCCAAACUUGGUCUAAAUUUGUUAAACAAAUAAAACUCAUUUGAACUUUGAAGUGCAUAACAUCAAACACCAACCAACCACUAUCAUAUUCACAAAACCAUUUUUUUAUGUUCUCAAAACAAAAACUUAAAAGCAAA